UUCCAAUUGUCAACAAAUGCGGUGCCAGAAAAUAAUUUAAUUUUUUUUUUAACUCCAAACAGUUCAGUAAACGUUUUUCAAAACAAAAACAUAAUGGCAUCCGGCUUAGAAGCUUAUGUUAACCACACAGUAUCGAUAAUAACUGCCGACGGAAGAAACUUCAUUGGAACUCUCAAAGGCUUUGAUCAAACAAUCAAUAUAAUCCUAGAUGAUUCCCACGAACGUGUCUUCUCCACAACAGCCGGCAUCGAACAAAUCGUGCUGGGCCUGCAUAUCAUUCGAGGUGAUAACAUUGCAGUGAUUGGACAAAUAGAUGAAGCCAUUGAUUCAAGACUAGAUUUUAGUACAAUUAGAGGAGAACCACUUGGUCCAGUUAUACAUUAGAAUUUUCUAUUUAGAUAAAAAAAAAAUAAAAUCUAUCUUCAAUAA